CAGAAACUGAAGAGAGAAUGGACGGGUACGACUCAUCUGCGGCAAAGCAUGCAGAUUCUCUACAAGGACAUCUAUGACACUUCUGGUCAGCAAAAACACACACAUGGGCGGCACAACGGGACGCAUUCACCGUCUCCCUCCCCCCUGCGUGUGUGCCUUACUGCAGACAAAAACCGUGUGCUCGAUGUCAACCCGACCGACACCAUCGAGAAGGUCAAAGCCAAGAUCCGCCACAACGAGGGCCUCCCUCGCCACCAAGUCAAGCUGCUGCUGCGGCCCGCCUACCGCUGGUUUGAGCUGAAAGACGGCCGCUCUCUGAAGGACUGCCGCAUUGGCCACAUGAGCACUUUGGAGGUGGCGGUCAAGUGGCUGAGUGAGCAACAGAUGGAUGGCGACCUUCGGCUGCUGCGAGUUGAGUUGGAAGACGUGCAAAGCCAGCUGGCUACGGCGGCUUCCCAGCUGGGCCGGCAGGAGGAGCUGACGGCGGCCGUCAUCGAGGCCAUGGAAAAGCACCUGGAUGAGGAGCGAGCCAAACAUGCUAAAGCGGAGGCGGAGAGCAAUAAGAGGCGCGGGGAGAAGGGCAUGAUGUCGGCGUGUGUGGUGUGUUACGACGCUCCCCUUGAGGUGGUCCUGAUGCCCUGCAGACACCUGUGCCUCUGCAGCGGUACGUUGGGCAGGCGGGAGGGAAAGGAGCCACAGAGACCAUCACACCAUCAUCAAUGUCUGUGUGUUUGGCUUUGUGUGGUAGGUUGUUUCGAGGAGCUCAAAGAGCACGACGGCGGGAGGCUGCUGUGCCCCAUCUGCCGCAACCAAUGUGAUACAGAGCUCUCGGGGCCCGUCUACUAACAUGCAUUCGAGCCACACACCUGACUGACAUGUGUGGAGGGGAGAGGGGGGAGACCCACGGGCGUGUCUGUGCUCUGGAGGUGUCAUGAUUCGGCUGCGCGUGCAUGUCGUUGAGCCCACUGCGCUUCUCUGUGCUGUGCUGUGCUGUGCUGUGGUGCACAAUAGUUGUAGACUAGGUCACGGCGAUUUUCCACUGAUGCGCUGCACAGCCAGAUACAAUGGUGUUCUGUGUAUGAGAGUCGGGGCGUUUGGAGAGGGCUUUCUUUUUUGCUUUUUCAAGAUAUUUCCGGGGUGUGUCUGUUAUGUUCGUGCCGACCAAUCGAGACCAUCGAAGCUGUCAUCGAUCAAAUGCAGUGUCAUUCA